CUCGAGACUGAGGGGGCGGGCGGGGAAGGUGAGAGGUGGAGUUCCGAGGCGAGGGUUCGAGCUUAGUACGCACCAGGUGGAAAGCGCGCGCUGGGGCUGGGGGAAGGAGGCGUGUCGAGCAGCGUGAGGGAAGUUGUGGUACGGUUGGGGAGAACCACAGUAAAGGGAGAUAGGGGUGAGUAAUUAAGGCACCGCGAGAGCGCAGGACAGAGAGCUGCCCUUAAUUGGGGAACCUGGAGAAGAGUGUGAGCGUAGCGGGGAAGAAAGGAGAGAGCAAAUAGGUUCGGGAAUGUGUGUCACAGGGUGCGAGCAGGCGCUAGGACCCAGCGUUGGAAAGAUGCGGCUUUGGGGAGGUCGGGGCGCGCGCUCACGUUGGUGACGCGGCUGUGGCGGAGGUCUCCGGCCCGGACGAAGCGCUGCAGGGAGUCGAGACUCGACUGCCCUUGGCUUCCGCUCACUUGUCCCUGCGCGCUUUCCUGCUCCCCCUUCCGGCUACAGCUCUGGGGUCAAGCUCUGGCCCAGGAGCAUUCCGCCUGUACUCUGGCCCCACGGCUUCCUUUGCGCCACGCCGCCCACCCUUGCUCUCCGCGGUCCACCCCUGGACUCUGAGGCCUGGUGGUGGCGGCCAGGGCGACACCCGGCCGCGGAUUGGCUGUUGCGGACACGGGGCGGGGCGGAUGGGAGAGGCUCGUUCUCCGCGGGUUUCACUGUCUUUCGCGCCAUGUCGUUUGUGGAGAGCGGGUGGCGGUCGGCUUUGCGCCGCCGCGGUCCCGGCACCCCGGCCCCUUUGGCUCGGCCGAAGUAUUCCUCCUUUACUCAGGGGGACAGUUGGGGUGAAGGCGAAGUCGACGAGGAGGGAUGCGACCAAGUGGCCCGCGACUUGCGGGCGGAGUUCUCGGCUGGGGCGUGGUCAGAGCCCAGAAAAGGCUCGCUGCUCCCGCCGUCCGCGGACGGGUCGCCUGUUCUGCCCGAUAAACGCAAUGGUAUCUUCCUGGCGGCUGCGGGCAGCAGAGCCCAGCCACGGCGGUGGCCGGUCCAGGUCCUCUCUAUUCUCUGCUCGCUGCUCUUCGCCAUCCUUCUCGCCUUCCUCCUCGCCAUCGCCUACUUGAUCGUUAAAGAGUUGCAUGCUGAGAAUUUGAAAAAUGAAGAUGAUGUAGACACUGGGCUAUUAGGAUUCUGGACUCUACUUAUAAUAUCCCUAACUGCUGGAUUCUCCUGUUGCAGCUUUUCUUGGACAGUGACUUACUUUGAUUCUUUUGAACCAGGAAUGUUUCCUCCUACUCCUCUUUCACCUACCAGGUUCAAGAAACUGACUGGACAUUCGUUCCACAUGGGCUAUAGCAUGGCAAUUUUGAAUGGCAUUGUAGCUGCUCUUACUGUAGCAUGGUGCCUCAUGUAAACCCACACUGGAGCAAUAUUGUUGGCAACACUUAAUCGUGAUUGUUUUGUAAUAACAAGAAAGAGCAUCAUUGUCUACUCAGAAGACUGAGAAGCCUGCUGUUCAUUAUGUAGUUCAGAUAUGUGUCACAAUCAUCAUCACUAUGGAAGAUCUUUUAAAGCAUUGUUCUAGAAUAGCUGAAGUAUUAAGAUACCAGAUUAAUUGGGAAUAUCUGAGUAUUAAGUUUUAAAUACUUUCUUCAAAGUAUAAGAUGUUUACCUCAUCUUUUUACUUUUGUAUGUGUAGUUCUUACAAGCUGUAGAAAACAUUUUAAUGGAAAUCAAACUAAAAAACUUGAAUACAGGACAGUGCUUGCCUUUUCAUGUAUAUACUACAUUUUCUGCCAAGAAAUACUGAUAUUUCUGUUGAGUUGAGCUAGAAAUACUUAUUUGUAUAUUUAGGAAGCAAAUAAUGCCUACCACUCCAACAUUUUGUAGAAGCUACUUUUAAAUCAAUAUUUAAUUUUUGAUACUCAUAUAAGUAAUAGAAGUUGCAUUUAUAUUUUUUAUGAGACACAGUUCCUUAUGUGUUUUUUAAUGUAUUUUCAUACUACAAAUUGAAUUUGUAUGUUUUUAAAAUUAUUGCAUCUAGACAACUGUAAACAUUAUUUUUUUAGCUGGUGCAAACCUAGUACCUGUCAUUUUUACUAAUUGUUUUUCUUUUUUUAAAAAAAGCACAUUGACCUAAGUUUAAAAUUAAAUACGUGUAUUUUUUAAUACCAAAAAAAUGCCUGAAAAAAGGUAAAUUAUUUAAGUCAUUAAAAUAUUGAGAAAUUUGAAGUUUUUACUAUUUCUAUUUCCACAAUUUCAAAUAUUUAUCUUGGUGUAUAUAUUGUUACCUCAAUAGAACUUGCAUUAUUUUGUUUUUAAUAAAUAUAAACAUGAAAUUUUUGUAUGUGAGAAUGAUUGAACUAGUUUGUUCUUAAUCUCAAAAAUUUAGUUACCAAAGUAGAAGAGGUAUUUUGAUACUAUGUAUUAAAAAUGACAUAUAGUUCAUAUAGUUUUAUAAUUUUCCUAUUUAAAUAUUCUUCUUUAAUUGUGAUGUUUUGUUUUCUUAGUAAUUAAGCCUUAAUUGUUCCCUUCUAUUACUAAACACUUUAGAUGUUUAGAAAGUCACUUCAAUUUUAGAAAGAUAGACUAUUUACAAAUCUGUUUUCCCUGGCCAUAGGAAAACUUACAAUAAGAAUCCAUUAUGUAGUCAAACUGAUUAUUCAGGCUAAGUGGGAAAUGAAUUUGUGUAGUGUGUUUCAUUAUUAUCUGCUGUAUGUUGUUACUGACUAAACAACGUUUCUAAAA